AUGCCCCGAUGCCUAGAUGUGCUCUUUCGCACCAUAUCCGAUUUUCAGGCCAAGAAGUUUGUCUUCAAGCCGGACAAGUUGAAUGGCUUCGAGAUUCUGUCCGAGGAGGAUGCGCUGCUAGAACGGCAACAUGAGAUGAAUCAACGCAUAGCCGGUUCCGGUCGCUUCGCGUACCGAAACAAGGACUCGGAUCCGGAGAUCGCCUCCCAAGCGUCGGUGGAGCCAAUGCCUCUGCUGGGCCUCGACGAGGACAAUAUGUAUUCGGUGUUUGUCACCUACGUAGAAAUUUACAACAACAGUGUGUAUGAUCUUCUAGAGGACUCGGGCAUACAGAAGACUUUGCAAAGCAAAAUCAUUCGCGAGGAUGCCCAUCAUCACAUGUUCGUCCAUGGCGUCACCGAGGAGGAAGUUAAAACGGUGGAGGAUGCCCUCGAGGUCUUUCAAAUGGGACAAAAGAAAAAGCGCAUGGGUCACACGGUCUUGAAUGCCGAGUCCAGCCGCAGCCACUCGGUGUUUAACAUUCGCCUCGUCCAGGCCCCCACCGACAACCAGGGCGAGAAUGUUGUCCAGGACAGGCAAAAAAUCACUGUGAGCCAGCUGUCCCUGGUAGAUCUGGCCGGCAGUGAGCGCUCCUCGCGCACCAAGAACACUGGGGUGCGACUUCGCGAGGCUGGGAACAUCAACAACUCGCUGAUGACGCUCCGGACAUGCCUCGAGUAUCUGCGCGAGAAUCAGCAGGCGGCCAUCAAUGGCUUUGCCCAUAAGAAGAUACCAUAUCGCGACUCCAAGAUCACGCACAUGAUUAAGAAUUACUUUGACGGCGAGGGGCAGGUGUCCAUGAUUGUAUGCAUCAAUCCUAGAAUGGAGGACUAUGAUGAGAAUAUGCAAGUUAUGAAGUUUGCCGAGAUGACUCAGGAAGUGCAAAUAGCUCGGGCAACGCCCAUUAAAACGGACUUGGGCCAAACCCCAGGCCGCCGGAAGGCCAACAAGCUGUUCAAGAUAGCUGUCAAAAAUCUGAACGAGCUGGGCAUGUCCGAGGCCAAGGACCUGAAGGUGGAUGUGGGCUUGGUCUACAGUCUGGGACCCGACUUUCCCUUCUGCCAAGUGGACAGCCCUGAGGCGGAGGUUAAGAUCCAGGAGCUCAUGCAUUACCUGGAGCAGCGGAUUGAGAAGCGGAAGAGGCUGCGCGCCAAUUUGGAUAUUAAAUGCGACAAUUUUCGCCAGAUGCUAAUGAACUUGGACCGCGACAACUUGCAGCUGAGCACGGAGCUGGCUUCCCUCAAGGCCGUCUACAAGCAGGAGCGCGAGCGCAGCUUCGCCUUGGAGAAGAAGGUGCGCAUUCACGAGAGCUCCAUCGACGUGCUGAACAAUACGCUGACCAAGCGCGACAGGCAGAUCGAGGAGCUGACAUUCAAGCUGAAUGAGAAGGAGAAUCUCCUGACCCAAACGGAGCACGAGAAGGAGAAGCAGAAGAAAAAGUGCAGCUCCAAAAUGGCCGUGGAGUCGGAUAAGAACAAGCGGGAGCUCGAGAUAAAGCUCCGUCAGCAACGGGAGAAACUGCAUGAACGGAUGCGCAUCAAGGACGAGAAACUUCGCCUGGUUUCGAAUAUCAUACGAUCCGAGGAUCUGCCGAGCAUGCCGCGCUCGCAGAGCUCGGAAGAUUUACUCAACGAGAAGGAUCGCGGCCCAUUCACAGCUCGAACGGAGUCAUCUGUGCCGGCCACGCGAACAGACAUCUAUGUCACGCCCCGACAUGGCGUGGCAGCUGCCAACAAUCGCCAUCGACGGUCGCGUUCAGCUGGCGACAAAUGGCUGGAGCAUCGUGCAGCCAAUCCCGUGCCACUCGGCACUAUUAUGCAGCCCUUUCUGAAGAAUCGCAAGUCGGUUACCAAGCUGACGGACAUGAAGACGCUGACCGAACACGGCGCCAACAAAUACUGUCUCGUCUCCCAGGAGGCCGACACGGACGGGGAUGUGGAUACGAAACUGUACAAGGGCAAUGUUAUACCCACAUGUGGCGGCGGCGCCCAGGUGGUGUUCAACGAUAUCGAGUGUCUCAAGCAGAAGUCGCCCGUGCAUUCGCCAACGCGAAAGCGUCCCAGCAAUGGCACGAUGUCGGCUCUGGGCGUUGCCAGCGCCCUGCCCAGCACGGUCACCUCCAUCACCGUCCAGGAUGUGGCCUCGCGUUGCAACCUCGGCAUCGAGGGGCACAGCAACAAGAAGACAAAUAUCUAG